UGGUUAAGGUCAGUGAAUGCAUGUCUAAGUGUCAUAACUGACCACUAACCUAAGCCAUUGCUUGAUUUAUCGCACCCUCAACACUCACCGUAUCUACCAUUCAAUAUUCACACUUAACAUUCAGAAGCUGCUUUGCACACUCAUAUGUUAUACUGCUGUAAUUCUCACAUCCACAUCUCUCAGCUUGCACACACUGCCAGUUGUUAAAUCAUAGUAGCCAUAUAACCCAGCAGUUGCAUCACACUCACUGACACAAUUCCAUUUUUCUUGCAGGGCGAGGUGGCACACAGCUCAAAGCAGCAGGAGCUAACUGGAUGGGAAAACAAUCAUGGAGGAUAAAUAAUUGCUUGACGCUCAACUACCUAUCCUUACUCAGAGGCCCAAAUGUAUAGCCAGAACACGGGAGGAACAUAUUUUGACUCCCAAGGAAAUUCUGCCCAGGUGACAACAGUGGUCUCGUCCCACAACAUGGUGGGCACUGGCGGUAUUCCAAUGGGCGUUACAGGCGGUCAGAUAAUCAGCAGCUCAGGGGGUGCCUAUCUUAUAGGCGGCUCAAUGGAUGGAUCUAAUCACCCAGUCAGCCACACAACACGUGCUUCUCCAGCAACCAUUGAAAUGGCGAUUGAGACACUCCAAAAGUCUGAUGGUUUGACAGCUCACAGAAGUACUCUUCUCAACAGCCAUGCAGGGAUGCUACCACUGAACCAAGCUGAUACUUUGAAGAAAGUGGAAGUGGACACUUGGAAGAAAGCUGUUUUGCUUCAGUGGUUAUUGGACAACUAUGAGACAGCAGAAGGUGUCAGCCUUCCUAGAAGUACUCUUUACAACCACUAUCUGCGUCAUUGUCAGGAACAGAAGCUUGAUCCAGUCAAUGCAGCUUCUUUUGGAAAACUCAUUCGUUCCAUUUUCAUGGGUCUGCGCACUAGGCGUUUAGGCACAAGGGGAAACUCUAAAUAUCACUAUUAUGGCAUCCGAAUUAAACCAGACUCCCCACUAAAUCGCUUACAGGAGGACAUGCAGUAUAUGGCUAUGAGACAACAACCAAUGCAUCAAAAACAGAGAUAUAAACCUAUGCAGAAGUUGGAUGGAAUGGGAGAUGGCUUCGCAGGAAGUGGCCAACAGAUUCCUAACUCUGCAGAGCAAACCAUUGUAGCACAGAGUCAACACCAUCAGCAGUUUCUUGAUGCCUCUCGCGCUCUUCCUGAAUUUGUAGAGCUUGAGGUUGCAGACAUUCCAUUAUUGGAUGGCAUCACCCUUGAGGAUAUCAGAACAUUACAGAUUCUUUAUAGAGAGCACUGUGAGGCGAUACUGGAUGUUGUGGUGAAUCUUCAGUUUAGCCUAAUUGAAAAGCUAUGGCAAACAUUCUGGCACUAUAGUUCAUCAACUUCAACUGAAGGGACAACAAUCAGUCAAACCAGUGAGAAUGAGAUAGAAGGUAGACUUCCGAAGGCAAAGCUCACUGCUCUGUGUAAGAAUGACUCCGUCCUCAAGUGGAUGUGUACCUGCGAUCAUAUAAUGUACCAGGCUUUGGUGGAAAUCCUUAUUCCAGACGUCCUUAGACCUAUUCCUAGUGCCUUGACCCAAGCCGUUCGGAAUUUUGCAAAAAGCCUCGAAGGAUGGCUGACAAAUGCCAUGAACAAUAUUCCGCAGCAAAUGGUUCGCACCAAGGUUGGAGCUGUAAGUGCCUUUGCUCAGACACUGCGUAGAUAUACGUCCCUCAAUCAUUUAGCUCAAGCUGCUCGAGCUGUGCUGCAAAACACAUCUCAAAUUAACCAGAUGCUCAGUGACCUCAAUCGUGUAGACUUCGCCAAUGUCCAGGAGCAGGCUUCCUGGGUAUGUCAGUGUGAUGACAGCACAGUACAAAGACUGGAACAUGACUUCAAGAUGACCCUUCAGCAGCAAAGUACCCUGGAACAGUGGGCCGCUUGGCUUGAUAAUGUGGUAACACAGGUGUUGAAGCCAUAUGAAGGAAGUCCUAAUUUUCCCAAAGCUGCCCGUCAGUUCCUGCUUAAGUGGUCCUUUUACAGUUCCAUGGUUAUCCGAGACCUGACCCUACGGAGUGCAGCAAGUUUUGGUUCCUUUCAUCUGAUUCGUCUGCUGUAUGAUGAGUAUAUGUUUUAUCUGGUGGAACACAGGGUGGCUCAAGCUACUGGGGAAACACCCAUAGCAGUAAUGGGAGAGUUUACUGAUCUCAGUGGUAUGUCCCCAGUAAACAUGGAUAAAGAUGAAGGAAGUGAAGUUGACAGUGAAAUGGAUGAUGAAUUGGAAGAUUCUGGAGAACCACCGUUCAAGAGAGAAAAAAUAGACCUGAACCAGACACUACAGGGUGUCUGUGUAGCACCAUCUCUCAACAGCAGCAUGCAACAAGACCCUCUGAUCCCUCUACAUGCUGAACAAAUCAUUACAAGUGUGGCUAGUGCCAGGCACUGCAGCACCGCUGGAAGCACAUACACGGCAGUCUAAACAAUAAUUUGACCAUUCAUUGAUUAUCCUUCUCUUCUGUACUUCAAGCUUGAAGUCUGACUGUGUUGUGGCUUCAGCCAUUGAGAUGACACAUACUGCUAUGCUGAAUGUUACUCUCAUACACUAACUAGGUGUAUAUAGGUUUUGUUUUUGGAUUAUGUUUGGUCCCAUAUUGAUCAUAUCGACUAAAGGGACUCAGUAGACAUUACAAUUGUAAUUGAUGAAUUUCUAUCAGUAUAAGUUGUUUUGUUUAGUUCAGUUUUUGAUUGAAAAUAUAUUCUUAUACAUACUACAGGAUAUGCUCACUUGACAGCAGAAGUACGUAAAGGUCAGGGCUAGAAUCCAACAAUAUCCUGUUAUCUCACUGCUAAUUUUAUCUUUCUUUUGGUUUGAAUCUGUUUCAAAAGGAUCCAGGAGUGAUAGUUCUGCUGUGUUGUUUGAAAGCACUUGAAUAAGUUGCAAUAUGAUAAAGCUGUACUAAUCACUACUUAUACAUUAGGUGGUUGCAUCAUUCAUGCAUUAUGUGUAUUUUUAAAACAACUUAAGCCAAACAUUGUAAUGAAUGAGUAAUGGUUACUUUUUGGAUUGGAGACAUAACAUGGUAAUCAUCAACAGCAUUCUUGACCAAAGUGUUUGCUUAAGUAACAAUUCUGUGCCUCACCACCAUUAAUGCCUCAGAUUUCUAGUAAUUUUGGUGUUACCUCAAAGAUUAGUGUAACUACAUUCUAUUAAUUUAAGACCAGAGCACCUAAAAUCCUCAAUGUUUCUGCCCAUGUUAUUCCAGGAAAUAUUUCUUUGUUGCAAGCAAUUUUCCACAAAAUUGUAAGUUUCCUUUCAGAAGUUGCAUGCAGAAAAUCACCUUUCUGCCUUUCAUCACAAUUGUUGAUCUGAGCAAGUAACUGGGUUGUUGUACUGGAUUCUAACCAUGAAGCAGUUUAUUUCAGCAUAUUGAUGUGCUCUAAGCUUUGACCACAAAUAUUUGACUGUUAUAUGUAGAGGAAUCUAAUUUUUUUUUUCUUUCAAAUUAAUGGACCAGACUUCUGCUGUUGAAGAUUUUGGAAUGUAGAUUUAUGGUUGAAGUUGAAAGCUUGAGAGAGGAGGCAGUGUUCAUUGUUACUAGCCUCCUAAAACUGUACUGUAUUUAAAAUUUGUCAAAAAUCAAAAUCUAUUCAAUUCUUUAAACAACUUCCUACCUUUGCAGAAAGUUCAAUGGAGUUCCCUUUGAAACAUCAAAGUUUUGAAUGCUACUGAUUUGCAAAGUAGUGCAGCCAUAUUUAAAAACUAGAUUAGUUUAAUAAACAUUUUUUGGGAAAAAGUGUUAAUGAUAAAGGCUGCAGUAAGUCAUAAAAUAUGUUGCAUUUGUUCCAGUUAUGAUUAUACUUUCUAGGUGAGGUCUUGCUAGACCAACAAAAAGUAUACUGUUUCAUUUGAAGUCCACUGUACCUGUGAAUAAUGUUAGGACAGACAGAAAUCAAUCAUUGUGAAUUGAUUUUUCUGUUCCAUCUGUUUUGCUGUAGUGUCUUAAGCUGCUAUGAUAAGACUUUACAAGGGGUUGACCAAUACUACCUGUUGCCAGUACUUCAAUACUUUUUCAUUGGUUAAGUGAAGUAUCUAUGGCUGUUUGUUUUCCAUUCAAUAAGACAACAACAUUAAAAAAUUGGAUUGAAAUUUUAAACAUAGGAAAUUUUAAGAUGGAUAAGCAUAGAAAUUUGAUGUUGUGAAAAUUCUGAAUAUGUAUUAAAUAUAUAUAUUCAAAUUUGUUUAAAUCUAGCAUGAUCGCUAUUUAAGUAAUGUGAUAUCCUAGCUGUUUUCAGCAGCUGUAUUAGCCAACUCCUCAGUGUAACUACAGAACACAAGAAUGUAGCACUCAGCAUAGUCUUGGCAGCUUUACAUUGAGUUUUCUAUGUGGUCUAUGUGGUUGUCAAAGAUGACGAGACCAAAAGUACUGUAGCUGGCACACCUCACACAUACUCAUCAAUUCUGUAGGAACAGACUUGGUAGGCAAUUAAAUGCCACUUCAGGAAUGUACGUCAGGGAUUACUGUACCUCGGCUAUUACACAGUGCCUUAAACAGUUAUGGAAAGAGUUAAUUUUUGUAGUUCAGCAAGGUGUGCCUGCUGUUUUUCUACUACCCACAGGGGAAACUAUGGAAUGGAAGCUCGAGUGAUGAUUCUUAGUUAGAAACUUAUGUCUUUUUCUUAUACUAAGAAUGAGUAUAUUUGUCUUAUGAAGCCAUGAGGAAUGAGUAAGUAUAUGCAUUAAUCAAGACUUGAGACACAUUUCAAUUGCAUAAUCCAGGAAGCAUAGUGUCUAAGGAUUGUAGAAACCUGGAAAUUACUAAUUAAUGCAAAAUACUUGACUCAUUUUUAGCAUAUUCUAUAGAAAAACAAAUUCUAAACAUCUAUUGACAAAGGCAUUGCGCACAUUUUUUCUCUCAUAAUUGCUUAGAAUUUAACAAGACUCAGUAUAUUCUCUACAUAUUGUGAAUAUAGAUCCUGAAGAAAUGAAAAUGCAGUUUGCUAAUGGUCAUUUCUUUGGUUAAACACAUUAUAAACCAUCCUAUAUGAUACUUACAAAUGUUUUCACAAAUUUGCCUCAAUUUCUAAAAAUAUAUAAUUUCCUUUUGGGGGAGGAUGGAGAUCAUUGGUGAUUAUAUUUAUUGAGCUCUUUGGAGAAACCUGCUGUAUGAUCAAUUAUUUUUAAAAGUUUAAGACAAAAGGAAAUCCUGCUUCCUGUAAUGCACAAUGACUUCUGUUCAUUUUCAGAUGAGGUACUUCCCAGUGCUGUGAGACAGUAAGACACAUAUAUGCCAUUAAGUAAAAUGGCAAAUAACUGAGUGUACAUUUUGAAAAGGGUUUCUUUGAAACCAGUAAUGUUUACAAACUUUGUUGAGGUACAAUUAAAAGUUCUGAAGAACACUCCAACCACCUCCUCCUCCCACCCACCCCACCCCCACCAAGAGAGGGGUCACUUUGGCUUUUUUUUUAAACAGACAUUUUUAAAGAAAAUACCUGAAUUUUAACUUUCAGGCAAGACAAACCAAUUAAACACAUCAAAUGUUUGAAGUCUUUGCCUUCCUAAACUACAAAAAGUACAAAAACAUUGGUCAUUUUGAAAUAGUUUUAUCAAACAAAUUAAAUUAGGUUUAUACAAACAUACUCAUUCUUCUCAAUAUCAUUGAUUUUGAUGCUGAUCAGCAUCAAAGGUCAUUAGGCAGCUUCACCUGUCCCUUGGGGAGGAUUGUCCUUGAUCCUGUUUUCUGUGCUUCAACACCAAACAUCAAAGGUUUGUUUUUCAAUAUAUUUAAAGUCUUAAUGGUUUUAAAACAAUUUGGGGCAUUUGUUUCACGAACAUUCUGCCCCUUCAAUCUUCAAAACAAAAACAAACCUUAUUUUACUUAUUUCUGUCUUAUGUAAACAUUUACAUACUGUUCCGGACCAAAAUGUGUUUAUAUUGUGUAUCUGGUGUGUUUGUAAUGGUUGAGAAAAGCCUUCUAUGUAUUUCUUUUCUUUGUACUUUUUUUUUAAGUGUUUAGUUUGUUGUGCUGCAGAUAUGUUUGGAUCGUAAUGUGCAAUUUAGAGUUGUUAAGGGGCUGGUGGGGGAAUAGGGUUUGUCUUUACACCCCAUGUUAACAACAAACUGUAGUUCUGUGGAACAGAACACACAUUGCUCUGUUUAAUCAAUAGACUCCUUGAACAUUGGUAGAAAUGGGCAUUUUACCUGGUAUAGAAACUGGAAUUGAAACAUGACCUUUAUAUUGAGUUUCAGUACUGAUGGAUAAUGGUGCAGUGAAUUGUUCUCAUACGUGAAGGUAUGCAAUGAAAGCUCUGUGUUUUGGCAGUAGAAGUGCUUCUCAGUCUGCAUGCCUUUCUAUAUGCUGCUAGAUUGUGGUUUUUGUUUUGGUGCCAGCUGGGUAACCGCAUUUUAAUUUUUCGCACUUUUUUUCCUGCUUACACCAUCACAUUUCAAACAGCCACUUAGAGUGAAUUAUUUCAGCCUUUAUUAAAAAUAUAUACAUAAACAAAGUACAAAUCCAUUUACGCCUUAUUGUAGAGUUUACUAGUGUGCUUAAACUACUUUUUUUUGCCAAAUCGUAUGAUGUGGAAUACAGAAGCUCUGAAUGGUGAUAAUAUUUUGACUUGCUUACACAGUUAUGGUAUUGCUAGUUAUCAAUUUGUUUAAAUUUAAAAUUUAAAGUAGUAUCCAGUGAUUAUGAUUCAGAAUGUUAUUGGUAAAGUUCAACUAAUUUGGGAAUAAUUACAAUUUAUUUUUAAAAAUCUGUCAUUAAUAACUUUAUUCUUCCAGUUCCUGGGUAAUUUUGCUGUAUGUCAGAUUGGGAUGUCUGGUCAGCACGGUUGGGUUGGAACGAAAGGUCUGUUGCCACACUGUAUGACUCUGACUCCUUUCUGUGUCAAAUGCACAUACCUGCUGACCAUGAACUCACCAAUGUCAUGAAUUCAAGCCUUUUCUGAUGGUGUUCUUCUAGCCAUUAGAAGGUGUGUAAAAAUGGCAUUCAAGCCAUCAGAUUCGAUAGAGAAAUUUUACUGUGCAGAGAAUAGGAUUAAUAGAAGAAGAGAAUACAUUUCUCACUGUUCUGUGACCCAGCAGAGAAUUCAACGUUAUGGAGAGCCAAGCAGAAAAGGAGAGUUCAGGUUACAAUCUGAGAGGCUGCUGCAAAGGACCUAUUCCUAUUUCAAAUCAUUGUGUAGCAUGGCAUUAGUACCUGCUCCAUUCCUGUUUUUGAGAUGCUUAAAAUAAGUUUCAAUGAUCAGAAAUACCCGGGGAAGUUUUAAUCAAAGAAUCAGAGGCCACAUGUUAUGUAUUGAAAUGUUUUUACAGUUAGCUUUUAGAUUUAAGAAAAAUGUUACUUUGCUGUUUACAAAAUAAAAUGCCAAGUCUUCUUAUCUUUCAUUGAACAAAUACAGUUUCUGAAUUUUGCUCGAAAGCAUGGAUUCUUGAAAACUGAAUAUUUAAUUCAUGCAAUUUAAUUCAUUCAUAGCUUAGUUUGUCUCUUGAAAUAUGCUACCAUGGUAAUUGCAUUCCUUGGAGGGUUCAUGGAAUCAAUCAACUUAUUCCUUUGAAUCCACAAAUAGUAAUUGAACUCAGAUUUGGAAGCAGUUCAAACAUUUAGGGGACCUUUUCAUUAUAUUUUCCAGUCAUUGAGUAUCUAUCGGGAGCAUUAAGAACAUAUGCAAUAUAUUUGUUUCAGGUUUGGAUAUUAAAAUAGACAGUGGUUCCAACAUGGUUUUGUUUUUGUAAUUUAAGUUGUUUUUAACAACCCACACAGCAAAGAUUUUGACAGUAUUUUUAUUCAUGGUCAAAGCACGAAAUUGUAAGAAGGAACACUUCUAUAAUGGCAAAAAUAUUAAAGGACAUUUUUCAGAAUGCAGUUACGAUAAUACCUGAUUGUGGUUUUUGCUUUGGUGCCAGCUAGAUAACCGAUAGUUUAGUUUAAAAAAUAGUUAAAACAAAUAAGAAAUUCUAUUCAAUGUAUUUCAGAAUUGUGCAUGAGUAUAUUCCUUUUCCUUGUUUAUGUUCCCUUCUUAUGGUUUCUUUUCUUCUGGCAGCUCCUUGAGCCAAGAGAGAGCACAGGAAAUCUGUUUCUAUGGCUCUCUGUCUAUGCUGUCUUGUCACUGUUAGAAUGUGAGAGAGACUGGCUCACGUUCACAGCCUUUCAUAAAGAAAAUUACCUCUGAGUGAAGCAUUCAGCUGUUGUAACUCGUCUUUACAUGUCCCCACCAUAAUACCUGGUUGCCCCUCAAAUGAGUCCAGACCAUUUGCCUCCACUACCCUGCCUGAAUAGACAAUUCCAAAUAUUAAAUUACUCUUUGCCUGAAGAAGCACACAUUAACUUCAGUGCUGAACUUUUCUAUUACCAGAUUAUGUAUAUGCCUAUUUGACCCGCAGUUGAAUUGGAACUUAAUAAUACGUUGAAUUUUAAUUUUUUUUUCCUCAGUUAGCAUCUUUAUGGUAAUAAGGUGCCCUCUCAUACACUCUGUUUGACUUCAAAGAGCCAAAAAUCAUCGUAACAUUUAACUCUGUCAAGUGGCAUAACAGACAAUGUGAAAUUGGUUUGUCCAUUUUCAACUUGAUUUUCCUUGACAAUAACUCUAAUUUGGGAAAGAGAAAUGGUCUUUCAGCCUAUUUAGCUAGCUAUAUUCUAACUCAGGGCCCAGUCUAACAUAUUUUUCCUAAUUUAAUUCAACUGCUUUGUUUUUUUAUAAGGUAGUUAUUUGGGUUGGAGGGUGGAGGGCAGUGUAAUGGUAUCAGAAUAUAAGAGUUGAGUAGUAGAUGGAGCAUUCUGGGAGCUUAGGGAUUCAAAGGCUUUGCUGAUGUUGACAAAGGCAGAAAACCAGCCAGAUUCACUACCUAUCCAUUUGACAGCAGUAUGGAAGAGGAGUAGCCUAGAAUCCAUGGGAACAAUCUUUGGGAUUCCGAUCUGAAAGCAAAGACUAGUAAUUCCAUCUUGAUCAGGAGGAAGCUGGGAAUUGGGAGGGCCAAGGAAUCUUUGUGAGCCUGAAUGGAGCACUGCUGUUCUAGUCCGCAAGGAAUUUAGAAUCAUAGAAUCCCUACAGUGCAGUAAAAGGCCAUUGGGUCCACACCAACCCUCCAAAGAACAUCCCAUCCAGACUCUCUCACCCCCCACCCUAUCACUGUAACCUUGCAUUUCUCAUGCCUGAUCCACCUAUCCUGCACAUUCCUAGACACUAUAGGGCAAUGUAGUAUGGCCAAUCCAACUACCCUGGACAUCUUUGGACUGUGGGAGGAAACAGAGCACCCAGAGGAAACCCACAUAGACACGGGGAGAACAUGCAAACUCCACACAGUCGCCCGAGGGUGGAAUCAAACCCGGAUUCCUGCCGCUUUGAAGCAGCAAUGCUAACCAUCAUUUAAACAGAAGGUGAAAAUUUCUAAACUUAUUUUGACUUCGUGGACUUCUGCUGUUGUAUUGUUAUUAAGCUCAAAGACAUAUCACUUCACUGGCUUGAAUAAUUCUUCACAGUGCUGGUAGCAUAAUUGCACUGUAGUUUUGGAAAGUCUUAGAACCUCACUGAUGGCGGGAACUGUUGUCAUAGUAAUUACAGCUCUGGUAAAUGCAGUGGCUGGAGUUAGUCUUCAGCUCCUCCCGUACCCAAUUCUUACUGUUGGAGGGAGUAAUAACAUCCCAUAUUUUAUCCCAGUUACAUGAUUUGUCAAUAUUGGAUGCCUUUUUACUUCUUUCUCCCAGUUGCUUCCUCCAUGAAGUGUAUUUAAAACUAGAAUGUUAUAGCAAACACAUCAUUCCCACCUCAGCACAAGUUAGAAUUCCUCGCUUAGAAAAAACAAGACUCCAAAACAAAGAAUGUAAAGUAAAGCCCCAGUAUACCAAAUAUAUAAAUUAUUAUUUAAAUAAUUGGCCUUGAGGAGACAAGUGAGUGCCUUUUAAAAACACUGGUUAAUCUUGUGCCUGAAUUGUAGAUAUGCACCCAGGCUGCAGAACAACACUGAUUCACUGCUUCCUUGAACUCCACAUCAUUAUAUUUUGUUCUUAAAAUUGAGUAAUUCAAAAAUCAUGCAUUUAACUCCAUUGUCCCAAGUCUCUCAAAAAUAAAGAUACCUGUACUGUGCCUGAAUUGCCCCUUGUUACAGUGUUUUAAGUUUUAUAAUAUUAAGGACUGUAUAUAGAACUUCACUUUACAAGACAACAUUCUACUCCAACAACAAGAAUUGAAUAAAUGGACUGAAGUGAACACUCUCCCCUCAUGGCUGUAUCACGAUAUCAUGUUGUGACAGGAAGUAUUCUGUGCAAAAUGCCUGUUGGCAGAUUCCUUCAUGUUGACAAUUCAUGAACACAACUGAAUGCAAAUGACAGACUCCUGUAACUACAACCUUUAACACUGAGUCACUAGUCGGCAAUUCAGUCAGCAACAUUUGCCCCCCUUUAAAUAGAGCUUUUCAGUGCCAUUUUAGAAUUCACUAAGUGGCAAAUUGGAGUAUUAAGAUGCACAAGCACAUAAAGGCCCAAAAUAUUGGGGAUUUUUUAAAUUGGUCUAAUGACAUCUCAAUUGUGUGAAUUAAUAAUGUAAAAGUUAAGAUUUUCAGAUUUUUUGUAGAGAAUGUAUUGUGAAAUUAUGUAAUUUUUGUUUUUUUUGAAUGACAGCUGCAUAUAGUUUUAAUUAUUUAAAAACCUAUGAUGUGAUUUUGAAUAAUGUUCAAUUAUGUAAAUAUAUAUUUCAUGCUGUGAUUUUGUGAGAAAUGUUUUAUGAAAUCUUUCAAUAUAUCAUGACCUUUAUAAAUUGGUUGGAGCAAACUGAUAGUGUGCGUGAAAGGUUUGUACUGUGUACUGUACAACAACAGGAAUUUUUUGUAAACAGGAAUAUGAAAUCUUACAGUGUGUUCUUACAUGUAGACAAGCAACUAGUAUAUACUGAAGACACUUGUGUAGAAAGUUUUUUCUUAAUAUUUCAGACUUGAACUCAGGCUAGCUUUUCUUGUCGUGUUUCUAUAAGCUGUGGCUUGUCUGUAAAAAAUCAAUAAAAAAUUUGUUUUUCUUGGUUAAA